AUGGCUUCCAUCUAUCACCUCAAUCACCCAUCCUAUUCAUGGGAUCCCUCAGCCACUGGCCUUGAGGACCACCCUUUCUUCUCUCAUGGAGGUCACUACCACGGCCCACACGCUCACCACGGUCCUCCAGGCCCCCCUGGACCUCCUCCUCCUCCUCCCUACUGGGGCUAUGGAGGCCCACCCCAUCACGGCCAUCACGGUCACCGCGGUCCUCCCCCAGCCUGGGAAUUUGGAGGUCCCGAACAUGGUCACCGCGGCCGUCACCGCCGCCACGGCGAGUGGGAGCAGCGCGAGAACAACGAUGCCGAGCCAGAACAGAAUGCUGAUGCCACAGCAUCCACCGAGAAGGUCCCCGAGACCCAAGAUAAAGAGAUGAACUCCUGUUCUGACUCCGAAUCGGACGAGUACCGUUGCCGCAAAGACAAGCGCCAUGGCAAGGGUCGUCAUGGCCACGACCAUGUUCACGGUUUCGGUAAAGGUGGCCGCGGAGGCAAAGGUGGUAGGGGCCGCCAUGGAUAUGGACAUGGACCAGGUCACAGGGGUGGUCCUGGAGCCUUUGGUGGUCAUCAUCACGGCCCUUAUGGAGGUCCUGGUCCUCAUCAAUACGGCCCUUAUGGAGGUCCUGACUUCGGAGGCCCUGGUCAUUUUGGACCACCUCACCACGCGCACCCUAUCUUCGGGUACGGCAGUCCGAUGGGAAAAGGCCACAAGUGCCACGGACACAAAGGCUUUAGGGGAUAUGGACACAAAGGCAAGGGCCACAAAGGAGGACGUGGUGGGAUGCGUGGUCCCGAUGCAGGCUUCAUGCGCCAACUGAGCGCAUUCUUUGGAUUCCCCUUUGGCCCACAGAACGAAACCGACUUCCAACCCUCCGUCGACAUCUUCGACACCCCAGCCAACUAUAUUUUGCACGUUUCACUGCCCGGUGCUAAAAAAUCUGACGUGAGCAUCGACUACGAUGCCGAAGAGUCCGUUCUACGUCUUACCGGUAUCGUGCACCGACCCGGCAUGGAUGAGAAUCUGCACCAAGCUCUGGUGAUGGAGGAACGUGCCCAGGAGGUGGGCACUUUCCAGCGUGAAAUUCGCCUUGGUACGCGCGAGGCCUCGGCUCCUAUUGAUUUUGAUGCGAUCGUCGCCAAACUCGAGGAUGGUGUUCUGAACGUUACUAUCCCGAAGAUCGAGUCCGAGUUGAAGAAGGUUCUCGUUGAAGAUGGCGAUGUCAAGGAGAAAGAUCCCAUGGAGGAAGGUGUAAACCGGUCGAUUACUCCUGUCGAGUCGGAGGAAAGCGAGGAGCAGGAGGUGCGCGAAUACGUGAAAAUUGCUAUUCAGUAA